CGCCGCCGGCGCGGCCCGCCCGGUCCCCAGCGCCUGAGCGGCCGCGGCGCCCGUCGCCCCGAGCUGCGCCCACCCAAGGCGGGCCCCCGCCCGGACCCCGGCGCCAGCAGAAGACUGACCUUUGGAAAUAUGUCUCUGGGAGAUAGUCACGUCCUCCUAAAGACCUUGUGCUGGUGCUGCCAUCGGAAAAUCUGGUUACACUCUGGGGAGGCCUGCUGCCACGGCGGGACUGAACCCCCGCGGCCCUGA